AUGCUUCAACAGAUCGAAUUGCAGCCCCCUUCGAGGGAGCGAGCAGCUGCUGCAGCUCUUGAAUCCGCAGCAGCAGCUGCUGCCGCUGCUGCAGCGGAAGCUACCGAGCUGCACGUACAGCAGCAGGUAGCAGCAGCAGCAGCUGCUGCUGCUGCUGCAGCUGGCGCUGCCAUCGAAGGCUCUGCCUCUCCGUCGAGUCACCAUGCUGCUGCCCUCACAACUGCCAGUGCAGACGAAGCUCUUGCGGAAACGCCUUCUUCCGUCGCAACACUCGACGAAAAAUUCUUCUCCGCAGCAGCAGGAGCUGCUUUGGAUCCGCUCGCUCGAAUAAACCUGCAGUUGCAUGCCACGGCAGCGUCACGACCUCCAGCCUCUGCGCCUUUAGCCAAUGCAACUGCACCAGCAAAUACAGCAGCAGCUGUUGCUGCUGCCGUUCCUCCUGAUGGCGUAUCAGGGCGUGCUGCUGCUGGGGUGGAUAGCGAGGAACGGCGUUGCCGCGCAAUUCCAGGAGCAGCAGCAGCCGCUGCUUCCUCCGCAGCACUCAUGCAGGAAGCAAGUGCUUUUGAGGCAACUGCUUCCUCUCUUGGGGGGAGUUCAGCGAUCCAAGAGACACAACAGCGAGCAGCAGAACGACAGCAGCAGCAGCAGCAAGAGCAACAGCAAGAGCAAGAGCAAGAGCAGCAACAGCAAGAGCAACAGCAGCAACAGCAACAGCAAGAGCAGCAGCAACAACAGGAGGAUCUCAGCACCAAGCAGCAGCCGGAAGAUCUAACAUCGCUAUUGAAAUGUGCGCUCGAGAAGCCGCCUUUGAGCGAGAAAGAGUCUGCAGCAGCGAGCAGCGAGAGAGCCUCCUCGAUUUUGCGGGAGGAUCAGCAGCAGCAAGUGCAGCGUCUGCUGGAGGGUUUGACAGCGGAGGAGUUGUCGUGUGCUGCUGCGGCGGCGCAGGCGUCCAUGGAGGAGCAGGAAGAAGAUUCCGUGCAGCAGCAGAAAGAUGCACAGGAGCAGCAGGAAGAUGCAUUAGAUGAUCGGCUUAAGGCGAUUGGCGUGUUUCUCAAGUCGCUCGAGGGCAGUGCAGCGAGCCAAGUGGCACCGCAAUGUAUGGUGAAGUCUGCCGCUUGGGGGCUUCCCGAUUUGUUCGUUCGCAGCGUUGGAUCGGAUGCACUGCUGCAGUCGGCUUUAUGCCAAUGGGUGGCUGCAGCGGGAGGAGCAGGAGGCGCUGCUACGGGGGCUGCGGAUGGCAGUGUUGCUGCAGCAGCAGCAGCAGCAGCAGGAGCAGCAGCAGCAGAGGGCGCAGCCGUCAUGCAGCAGGGAGGCCUUUUUCUAGGCAUGUUGCCAGAGUUGCAGGCGGAGCAGUUGCUGCAGGAGCAGCUGCUGCAGGAGCAGUUGCUGCAGCAGCAGCUGCUGCAGGAGCAGCUGCUGCAGCAGCAGCUUGUGGUGCAGCAAGAAGCAGCAGCAGCAACAAGCAAGGAUCUCCUCCAGGCGGGGGGAGGGGCAUCUGCACUCGAGGAUUUCAGUGCCUCAGCUCUCCAUGGGGUACAUGCAAACGUCAAGCUGCUGCGUAAUCCCAAAGCUCAGAGCCUUUUUGCUCCGAAAGAAGUAGAAACCCCAGUGCAAGUACAAUGCCGUACAGAGAGAGAGAAAGAGAGAGAACGAGAGCUGAAUAGAGUGAGUGCAGCGGAGAAGCACACAGGAGAAAAGAACAACCAAGGAGGUCAGGCUGCCGCCAAGGACGCGCUGGCAAAGGAGUGA